AUGGUGGCGAUGCGCGCGGCUGGGGUGCUGGGUGAUGUCGAUCCCGAGGUGGCUGCGCUGCUCGCGCGCGAGUACACUCGUCAGUCAGAGGGCAUCGAGCUCAUUGCGUCGGAGAACUUUACGUCGGCGGCGGUGAUGGAGGCGCUCGGCUCGUGCAUGACCAACAAGUACUCGGAGGGCUACCCGGGCCGCCGGUACUACGGCGGCAACGAGGUCAUCGAUGACAACGAACGUCUGUGCCAGGCCCGCGCUCUCGAGUGCUUUGGCCUCAACCCGGAAGAGUGGGGCGUCAACGUCCAGCCGUACUCGGGCUCGCCGGCCAACUUUGCUGCCUACACCGGCAUGAUUUCCCCGCAUGACCGCAUCAUGGGCCUUGAGCUCUCGCACGGCGGCCACUUGACCCACGGCUUCAUGUCGCCGACCAAGCGCAUCUCGGCUACCUCGAUCUACUUUGAGUCGAUGCCAUACCGCCUCAACGAGUCGACCGGUCUCAUUGAUUACGAUGCUCUCCACGCCUCGGCCCAGCUCUACCGCCCGAAGAUCCUCAUCGCCGGCGCCUCGGCCUACUCGCGCAAGAUCGAGUACGGCCGCAUGCGCGAGACCGCAGACUCGGUCGGCGCCUAUCUGCUGGCAGACAUGGCCCACAUUGCCGGCCUCGUCGCCACCGGCCACCUUCCGUCGCCGUUUGACCACGCCGACGUCGUCACCACCACGACCCACAAGUCGCUUCGCGGCCCGCGCUCCGGCCUCAUCUUCUACCGGCGCGGCGUCCGCUCGGUGACCAAGAAGGGCAAGGAGAUCCCGUACACGCUUGAGGAGGACAUCGACUUUGCUGUCUUCCCCUCGCUGCAGGGCGGUCCGCACAACCACCAGAUCGCCGCCGUCGCCGUCGCCCUCAAGGAGGCCAUGCAGCCGCAGUUCAAGAUCUACCAGGACCAGGUACUUGCCAACACACAGGCCCUCGCCGACGCCCUCACCCAGCUCGGCUACGCUCUCGUCUCGGGUGGCUCCGACAACCACCUGCUCCUCCUCGACCUGCGCCCGCUCGGCGUCGACGGCUCGCGUGUCGAAAAGGUCAUGGAGAAGGCUGCCAUCACUGUCAACAAGAACGCCGUGCCCGGCGAUACCAAGCCCAUGACUCCGGGCGGCAUCCGCGUCGGCUCGCCGGCCAUGACCUCGCGCGGCCUCGUCGAGUCCGACUUUAUCCAGGUCGCCGGCUUUAUGAACCGCGCCAUCGCCAUCGCCAAGCGCAUCAAGUCCGACUACGGCGGCAAGCUCAAGGACUUUGACGCGGCUCUCCACAACGAGCACCACCCCGACCUCGACGCUCUCAAGACUGAGGUCAUCGACUUUGCCGAGUCGUUCCCCAUGCCGGGCGUCGAGCCCGUCGUCCCGUAGUGUAGCGUGCUGUACCCAAACUAAACAAGGCC